CAUCUCUUCAGUCGAACGGCCAUGGAAACAAGCCGACCCAUGGAGUUCCUCCGAUAGCCACGGUUAGAGGAAGAGCCCGGAUGUAGCCGAGACAAAAACAUGGCGGCCACCAUCCCCGAUGAGGUUCUGCAGGAGGAGGACGCAGACCGGAUCCCGCUGCGGGUGGUGCACCACGAGUCGGACCUGUCGGAGGCGGAGAAACGCUUCCUGGUGUCCGUGGAGCGGGGAGACUACGCCACGGUGCGCAAGAUCCUGGAGGACUACGGGCCGGAGAUGGACAUCAACUGCACGGACCCGCUGAGCCGCACAGCUCUGCUCAUCGCUAUAGAGAACGAGAAUCUGGAGCUGGUGGGGCUACUGGUGUCCUACAACGUCAGGGUGGGUGACGCUCUGCUUCACGCCAUUAAACGGGAGUUUGUUGGAGCCGUGGAGCUGCUGCUCAACUGCACUGAAGACAAAACACAAUAC